CGAAAAUGGCAGAUCGUAGAGACGUCAAGUGUCAAGUGUCAAAAUUCUAAAAAUUUCUUUUUGAAGAAAACUUGUUUUCUUGCGAUUCGUAUCGUUCAAAAAUAUUAAAAUAUGGGUCGUAUGCACGCACCUGGAAAGGGCAUUGCCCAGUCAGCUUUACCGUACAGAAGAAGUGUUCCCACCUGGCUUAAAGUGACACCUGAAGAAGUUAAGGAUCACAUUGUUAAACUUGGUAAAAAAGGUUUGACACCAUCUCAAAUUGGUGUGAUCCUAAGAGAUUCUUAUGGCGUUGCCCAAGUGCGUUUUGUGACUGGGAAUAAAAUUUUGCGAAUUAUGAAACUUGUCGGGCUAGCACCAGAUUUACCAGAAGAUCUAUACUAUUUGAUUAAGAAAGCUGUUGCUAUACGCAAACACUUGGAAAGAAACAGGAAAGAUAAAGACAGCAAGUUCCGUCUUAUUUUAGUUGAAUCACGUAUUCAUCGUUUAGCAAGAUAUUAUAAGACUAAAAAUGUAUUAGCUCCUAAUUGGAAAUAUGAAUCAAGCACAGCAUCAGCACUAGUUGCUUAAGUUACUUUUAUAUAUCAUAAAAAUAAACAUAUAAAACUA